ACCGCGCAGGACAUCUCGCUCUCGGGUCCCUUAUUUUGCUCGCCUUUUCAUCUAUCGUCAUCGUGCCACCGGAAUAUUAUCCCGAGGUCCCCGUGAGUGUAGAGUGAUUUCCAGUGAUUUUGUGUGUGGCGCCGUUCCUCAUGUCGGUGCAGCGCGGUUUGUUUUCAUCAAUUAUUCGCCGUGUGUAAUCUCGCCGGAAGUGCAGAGGAGACCCGCGGAUUCAUGAAUUAAUCCGCCACCGUAAAUGCCGUCUGGCCAAAUGUGUUCGCGGAAUCAAGUGUGCACAGCAGCAGCAGGAGUGUUGCGAUUAGCAAAAAUUGAAAAGUAACGGUUGAUCAUCAUCAUCAUCAUCAUCAUCGCGCGAAUCACAUUUUUGUGCUCCGCGCGCUCCUCCUCCCCGCGCUUAUCGCUCGACGGCAGUCCGCUCGCUCGCUCUCUCCAGCAACAGUGAAAAUAACAAAAUAAGCGCGCGCGCCGCAUCCGGGCUGGAAGGAGAUACGCGAAUCCGCUGAGAUCGCGCACCACAACCCGGACCACCGCUCCCCUCGCCGCCGCACGGAAACAGCGCAGCGAACGGCAGCCAAGAUGUACGAACUCGACGACAUCAGUACCACCGGAUUUCACGAUAUUCUGUUAAACAAAUAUAACAUGUCAAACACACCGAUGUCGGACCUUUACAUCACCGAUUCGAUGCAGGACAUGCUCGACAUCGACAUCAAAUCGGAGGUAGCGACGGUCGUUGGUGGACCGAAUGAGUUCGUUUCACUGAUGCGCUUCGCCGAGCUGCCCCCGCUCGAUCUCGACUCUAAUUCGGUCGACGGUGACAGCUUCUUCAGGAGUGGCCUCACGGCGACACCGCCCAGCGAUAUAUACGCAGAUAUGGGAACCUGUGCGAACCCCAACUACGUGAUGCCCGUCUCUGCGUCCAGCAUCUCACUGUCAUCGGCCUCCGACGAUAGUUCGCUGUUGAGUUCCUCCUCGAUGAACGCACUGGUGGCCGCCCAGUCUCUGCUCAAGUCGCCGAAACAAACGCAAACCAUCAAUCUCAACAUGGCCGUCCGGGACACGGGACGCGAUCCGACGCUACCCAGCCCGAAGGAACGCAAGAGCCAUCUGACCUUCUCGCCCAGCACGCUCAAGGUGCCGAUGAUGUUGAUGCAGGAAGCGAAGAAAGUGUCCAACCAAACGCAAAUCACCCGGUUAAACACUACUAACGGCGGCGCCAGUGGGGAGUGUGGAGACGACAGUCAGAUGAUGAUGGUGACGAGUAGAAUGUCCUCCCCGGUGGACAAUGUGCGCAAGGAUCUGUCGAUGCAGAUGAUGCUGAAGGAGGAAAAGAUUGUCGUGCGUACUGGCGUGCCCACAAUCAAGACAGAGUACCAACAGCAGAACGGCCAUGGUGGCAGCGAGAAGCGACACAACUCAUCCUCCUCUACCGGGUCCAACACUGGAGUAACGGGAUUGGGUGUGGGAUUGGGUAAGGGUAACACCAUCAAACUGGCAGCCGGCAUUGGUGGGCUUACGUUUGGGAACACUAUGCAGUUCAAGGCUUUGAAGAACGUUCAAAAGAUCUCCGCAAUGGGUACGGUUGGAGCACUGAAACGGUCGGCCAGCCCCCAAAUGCACGCUAAUCGUAACGGCAGCGCCAGUCCGAAAAUGUUCAACCAAAGCUUGAUCGCCGCACAGCAACAAGGUGCAACCGGUGCCGGUAAACCAAUGUCUGGUAACGUUGUGAGCAACGGAAUGGCUUCACCCAACUCCCCAAUGGUACCAACAACAAAGACAAAGCACAAGGGAUCGCAUGGAUUGGGGAUCGAAAGCGAGUUCCCGAAACCGGCGUACUCCUAUUCCUGCCUGAUUGCGAUGGCACUGAAGAAUUCGAGGUCCGGUUCACUGCCCGUGUCAGAGAUCUACAGCUUCAUGUGUCUACACUUUCCGUACUUCAAGACGGCACCGAGCGGGUGGAAGAACUCGGUACGCCACAAUCUGUCGCUGAACAAGUGCUUCGAGAAGAUUGAGAAGCCGGCUACGAACGGUGGCCAACGGAAGGGUUGCCUUUGGGCGAUGAAUCCGGCAAAGAUCAACAAGAUGGACGAUGAGGUACAGAAGUGGUCGCGCAAGGAUCCACUCGCUAUCCGUCGGGCGAUGGUACACCCGGAACACCUGGAAUCGCUCGAGCGGGGUGAAAUGAAGCACGGUUCGGUGAACCACGAUGAUCUGGAUCCCGAGGAAGAUCUGGAGAGCGAUGGUGGUCCAUCCGAUGUGGAUGCCGAGGAAGAGGCCGACGAAGAUGUGGCUGAUCCCGAGGAUGAGGAGCACGACGAAGAGGAAGUGGAUGAAGAGGAUGAGGAGGAAGAGGAUGAUGAUGUUGUGGAGAUUAUGCCACCACCGCAACCUAUCAUUGAUGUCGACGCGGAAAGCUUCAUCAUCAACACACCCGAAUCGUUGAUCGAUGGUGACGAAGAGACGGGUGAAUCGAUCGAUUUCGAUCUCGAGGUUCCGGAUUUCUACGAUAACAUAAACGUUGACUCGAAGGACGGUUCUCUCGCGGUAGAGCUGACACCACAGGAUCUGCUCACACUGGAAGACGAAGAUGAAUCGCUCUACAUCAACCAAUCCCAGCAACAGCAACAGCAAACACAGCAACCACAGGUUGUUCACCGAUUGCACCAACAACGUCCGAUCAUACGCCAAACGCAAAUCAUCUCGCAGAACCUCCGACAACAGCAGCAGCAGCAGCAACAGCAUCAACAGCAAGAGCAGCAACCUGCGAAGCGAGCACGCCUUGAUGUCAAUUAUAGGAUUUCACCCAACCUCAAACCCAUCGUCAGUGGUAAUGGUGGUGUGGUGAGCGUACUAUCGAACCGACAACCGAUGACGAUGAGCAUGGCGGCAUCAUCUCCAACGUCGGGUUCCCCGGUUACUCUUCAAAGUACAGUUACCAGUAAAGGUAUCACGAUCAUCAAUAGCAACGGCACCGUCAACAGCAUGGCUGGAUCUGGUACCACUACCUUUAGCUUUCAGCAACAAGGAUUCCAGCGGUCAGCACAGGUGCAGCUCACAGCGCAGCAACACCAGCAAUUGCUACAACAACAGAAACAACAGCAGCAGCAGCAACAGUCACAAAGUAACCAUCGCCGAAAAAUGCCCAUGGUAACACGCUUAGCUUAGAGGGUUAGCAGCGGUGGCUGUUGUUCGCUGGCAGGUUUUUGUUUGCGUUAAAGCAAAUAGGGUUAUGUACAGUGUUGGGGAAGAGCAAAUACGAACAAUCUGGUACGGUAAGGAUAAGAGGAAUUAAAUUAUUUAUAUGUACGUAUUUCUCAAUUCACACUCCGCCAACAAUUAUCACGGUUUUCCAUUGCUUCUCUACUGUUUGAAACACUAGGUUCGGAUUCUGAUUUUUUGACAGUCCCUUCCAAUCGAGGCACCACGCGAAUGAUGUAACGAGACUGUUAGCCCCUCUGCAUUUUCUUAAAACCGAUGCAGGUGGCGGCUAAUUUAUUUUCAAAUAGUGUUGAGUUAGGAUGUGCAAGCCAGUAUUCUCCCUCAAUCAUGCCCAAUCAUUAAACGAACAUGUGUGCAUGCCCUGAUCGCCACACAAUUUGGACUUUUGGAUUUCUUUGCAUUCUUGCACGCUUUGUUGUUUCUUGAUACAAUCGAUCCAUUUGAAGGCAUACAAUAAUUUCUCCAUCAAAGUCAUUCUAUUGAACACUGCCAAUCAGCCUGCUUCGAUCGUCUUAAAAAACAACGAAAAGUAACCGAAGCGAAUGGAAAAUCCGCCGCGAAGUCCAAUCUGUCUGCAUAAGCGAUCAAAACUGAUUCUGUUAUUGCAUGCCGGUUCCUGUAGUAAAAUAACGAGCGAUCGCAAGAUUAGCCAAGUGAUUACGUUUUCAAUCGAAAUGUAUUACAAUUUGGCUAAUUAAUCAAGCUCGACCCAAAAACCCAUACGAUCGUAAAUUGCUCUGUCGUCGGAUUAAGACACACAGCAGAAUACAUGGAACGAUCACUACCUGAUAACAAUGAGUACAAUCGUUUUACAGUGGCAAACGAUCCAUUUUGUUAUAGCUUUUCCCUUCGCCCAUAAAGCCCGGAAGAAGAAUCCUAUUUUGAUGAAUAAAAUUUUGUAUGUGUCGUGUGUGAAAACAUGUGAACAAUCAGGAGAAGAAAAAAAUGCCAGUGCAGUAUUCAACUUGGAGCUAAAGGAAUAGAGAAAGGAGAAAACGGUUUAGUAUUAAGUAGUGGCCUUUGUUGCCUUCGGGUGUUGAUACGUUGGCGAUCAACGCUUGCAGCCAACGAAUGCAGCCAACAGCCAACAUCAACCCUUCCACCUCGCUGGGGGUGGUUUUAUUUAACGUUAGGAACGUCUGAGGCGCCUAUACUUCUUCUCCGAACGCAGGAGAACACCACACGCUACAUAAAGUAGGACGGAAUGUUUGUUAGGGCAUGAAUGAUCAUCCAGCAGUACAAAGUCAUCUCGGUGAAAAGCACCACUUUAUAGGGAUGACAAAACAACA